AAUAAAUUACCGGCAGACUUGGAGAAUCACCCACCACGAGUGACGAGAGUCCAGGGUCAGACCUCGAUCUUAUCUGUGCAACCGUCGAGUUUGGGAUCCAAGGGUUAUCAACAUUAAGGCCAUUUCAGCCUUUAACGGAAUCAGUUUCUAAAACGAAACCCUUACUCACUCGCGUUACUGCGAGGAGCAUUGACGCAGCAAAGCGCAGCCAUUUUGGUCUGCAUGGCCGUGGACAGGUACGCUUGCAUGCUGCAUCCAGGACGAUACCACAAGCAUUCCACUAAAAAGUGUUUCUGCCAGGGUUGCAUGACGGUCCUGAGCCUCACCCUCGUCGCCUCGCUCACCGUCUACUCCGCAGUCGUUCUUCCAAAGGGCGGUUACUACUUCAACGUUUCCGGCCUGGCGGCCUGCGAUCCUUUCUACACCCGGCCGAGUAUCAGGAUUUUGGCAGCUUGCUCCUUCUACUUCCCGACGACGAUGCUUCUCAUGUACUGCUAUGGGUCAGCGUUUCAUGCCAACAAAUUCAGGAUAAAGGGUCAUAUCGGGGUCACAAACUCGAACGACAUCGGAAACUCAACCUUACAAAAGGUAAGUACUUUCUUUUUUGACACAAUAUAAUUUAAUUCUGUCAGCAAUGGAAUAGCAGCAAUGGAAGAAGAAUUUGAAUUUUAUG